AUGGCGACAUCCCUACCACAAGAGGCCCUCGAGGCGUUGGCCAAAGAGACGAUGCACGAUCGCAUUGUCGGCUGUCUCUUUGGAUCAGCGUUGGGCGACGCAAUCGGCUUAUAUACCGAAUUCCUCUCUGGAGAAAAGGCCCGUAUAGCCUAUCUAUCCCAAAAGUUCAUCCUCAGUCCGCCGUCUGAAGCGACCCCCUUCCGGCGAGACGCGCACCGUGAUCCCAAUGUUCCCGGAGACUGGACUGAUGACACCGACCACGCCAUGUGUAUCCUGCUCUCCUAUCUGCAUACAGACGGCAAGUGGAUGUCGCCUCACGACUUUGCCUAUCGUCUGCACAUCUGGGUGAGGAUGGGACUCCGGGCACUCGACACGCUGCCUCUGGGCUUGGGGCGAACGGUCGGAGCCAUCGUGAGGAGCAAGACGUAUCUCGAGGAUCCAGAGGGAACUGCCAGGAAACACUGGCGGAAUGCAAAGUGCAAGCUCGCGCCCAAUGGAAGCAUCAUGAGGACGCACCCGCUGGGGCUGAUGUGCAUUCACAAGACGAUGGAGGAGACGUUCCAGGUUGCUGCCGACUAUUCCGUUGUUACACACGUCGACCCGAGGUGCAUCAUUUCGUGUGUAAUUGGGACGGCGCUUGUUAGGGGACUUGUGCGGCAUGAGAUAUACAAGGAAGAACACAUUGAUGCUGUGGUUGAGGAGGCCAUUGCGUGGUACUCGGGAUACAGGUCGCGACAGAUUGAACGGGAUCCCAGUUGCAAAGACGAACCCGAGCUGGACUUGGACGAGCUCAACAGACACGUCAAGGUCAACACUCUGGCUGAACUUGAACUCGACGACAUGUACAAGAUUGGAUACACAUACAAGACAUUUGGUUCAGGUGUCUUGCUGCUUCGCCUCGCUAUGAGAGAAGUCGCCUCCACCGAGAGUCGUCUUGCUACGCAAAAGUCCAUCUUUGAACGACUCAUCACUGAGCUGAUCAUGCAAGGUGGUGAUGCUGACACGAAUGCAUGCUUUGCGGGUGCUCUGCUUGGCUCAUAUCUGGGCUACAAAGCAUUGCCGCCACACUGGAGAGACGGACUAAAACACGGCGAAUGGCUGAUGAAGAAGGCAGAAGGGCUGAGUAUCUUGCUCGGAGCCGGCCAGGGGACCUAUAGUGGCUUACAGGACAAAGAUACGGCGCCUGAUGGAGGGAGAGGAUGGCUGACGGAGAAACAGAUGGAGGAGAAGGUGAUGUUGCUGCAGGCCGACAUGGUCAAGAGGGGACAAGAGAGGGAUCGGAUGGAGGAAGCUGACAAGAGGCGGGCGAGGACGAAGAGAGGAUCAUGGCUGGGUGGAAUCGGUGGAAAGUGGUGA